GUCAUCAUUGGCCAACUGAAAGAAGCCCGCGAUAAGCGUUAUAAAACUCGUCUGGCCGAAUGGGAAGAGCUGUGUGACACCACACGAACUCAGCGGUUGGCCGAGCUAAAGGCGAAACGUGAGGCGGAGGCGGCAGCUGAAGCGGAGCGCAAAGCACGUGAAGAAGAAGCCGCUAGGCGUGAAGCUGAAUUGGCAGCGGAAGCUGAACGAAUCAAGCAAGCACAAAAGGCGAAAGAAGCUGAAGAAAGAGCCGCCGCAAGAGAAGAAGAAGAAAGACAACGCGCUGCAAAUCGAAAAACGGAACCAGAACAAUCUCCUUUCCCUCCUCGUCCUGCGGAUUCCACUCCUCGUUAUUCUCGACCGCCAGGUUCCAUGCUAAGUCGAAACGAACCUCUGCGUUCCCAAGGUAUAGCUGACACGACUGAUUGGAUACGAGGUAGCGCUGUCAAAGCCCCAACUGCUUUUGAAGUAUCUCCCAAGCGUCCAACAGCACCCGUUGAACCCGCCGCUCGUCCGGAACAUCCAGCACCAGCGUUUGGUCGCGGUCCUCGCAGGACAAUGCCCGCGGAGUUCGAAUCUGCUCUACACGAUGAUGACGCCGGCGGUGGCUGGACUCAAGUCGGACAACCUAAAGAUUCAGAUCGAGCACACAACCGGCCCUAUGUUCCUCCUAGCCUGGGUCGUGGUGCUCGACACUCUGCCAUGCCUGGCGGGAUGCGAUCGGGUCCCCCACGUCGCGAGCGAGGCACCUUUGGAUUUUCCGGUGAUGCUAACGAUUGGAGCCGGGGAAGUACAGUGGGUUCCAACCGUGGUGGGUCUAGUGGCACAACCCAAGGAUCCAAUUGGCGUGCACCACCAAAGAACUAG